AUUCAUCUGGCGGAGGAAUCCGUCGGUGAGUGAUAACCCAGCGGCCAGAGAGAUAACCCUCAGAUGCCCAGAACCAGAGCCAAUGUAAAUUUAAUUGCCCUGAGCAGUAUUCAGUUCUGUUCUGAAAGAUGAAGGAGACGGUACUUCUAGCUUACUCUGGUGGCCUCGACACGAGCUGCAUCCUGCUGUGGCUCCUGGAGAAGGGUUACGAAGUCGUGUGCCUAAUAGCCGAUGUUGGCCAGGAAGAGGACUUUGAAGCAGCCCGGAAAAAAGCCCUGAAAAUUGGCGCCAAAGAAGUCGUUGUAGCCAAUGUUAAGAAAGACUUUGUCGUGAACUACAUCUUCCCAGCCGUGGGAAUGGGACUUUUGUAUGAGAGACGCUACCUCCUGGGAACAUCCCUGGCUCGUCCCUGUAUCUCAGCUGCACUCGUACAGUGCGCCAAGGAGCGUGGGAUCAAGCUAAUCUCUCACGGAGCAACGGGAAAAGGCAACGAUCAGGUUCGCUUUGAACUCUCCAGCUAUGCCCUCUACCCUGAGAUCAAAGUGAUCGCUCCCUGGCGCAUUGAUGAGUUCUGCGAGAGAUUCCAGGGCAGAGAUGAUCUCCUCAAGUACGCUCAGGUCAAUGGAAUUGAGGUAGAAGCCACACCAAAAGCUCCCUGGUCCAUGGAUGCCAAUUUCAUGCACAUUUCCUACGAAUCAGGAGUCCUCGAGGAUCCAGCUCAUGUGGCUCCCGAGAGCCUCUACAAAAUGACACGGGGACCAAAAGCCUGGCCUGAAAAACCUACAAUUCUCGAGGUGGAGUUCGUUAAGGGACUUCCCGUUGCAGUGAUUGUUGAUAAGAAAAAAACUGUGGAUCCUGUUGGAAUCCUUGAGCUCCUGAAUCGAAUUGGAGGGGAAAAUGGCAUUGGACGGAUCGAUAUCGUGGAGAACAGAUUUGUCGGGCUCAAGUCGCGAGGAGUUUAUGAGACGCCUGGGGUGAAAAUCCUCUUCGAAGCUCACCUGGAUCUGGAGCUAGUGUGCCUAGAUCGUGAAGUUUUCCGGCUCAAAUCCUACCUUUCUGAUCGUAUGGCUGAUUUCGUCUACAAUGGCUUUUGGUUCUCUCCCGAGGGCAUUUUUGCUCGUCACUGCCUCGAACAGUCCCAGGAGAAUGUCUCCGGAACAGUGACAAUGGAAAUCUUCAAAGGAGUAGCACGUCCAAUUGCUCGCAGAGCUGUAAAAGGACUCUACAACGAAGAAUUGGUCUCAAUGAAUGUCCACGGAGGCUACACUCCAGCCUCUGCUGGUGGCUUCAUUGAGAUUAACUCCAUUCGCCUCAAGGAAUUCAGCAAUACCUUUGGGACAUUCAAAUAAAGAAGCCACCGCAAUUGCUUCAUCUCUUUAUUUUUUUUUUCUUCUCAAACUUUCUCGCGAAUUUUUCUUCCUUUACUUUUUUUUUAAAUAUUAUAAUUACAAUAAUUGUCAUCUAAUGUCUUUUGCUAAAAUUGUAAUAAAUGGAACGUUUUUUUUCUUUUUCUUUAA